ACAAUGGUCAAACCAAUGGGCUGUCUUCUUUUCAUUUACAUGCUGCUGAGCCAUGACCUUUAUUCAACUGGACAGCCAUACUCAAAGGAGCAGUCCUGGAGCAACCACAACCUCUCUUCUGUCCCUCCAGAUUUGGAAAUGGGACUCAAAAGACUCGACCUGUCCAAUAACUACAUCAGACAGUUACACGCGCUUGCCUUGCCAUACUUGGAGCAGCUGGACGUGAGCUCCAACCAGCUGGAUCUCAUCUCCGAGGGCUUUUUCCAAAACCUGGCUCAGCUUGAGGAGUUGAACUUGUCCCGGAACAUGCUGAACAACAACGUCAACAGUAAUGGCAGGGCUUUUCAGUCCAUCAACAGACUCAAGAUUUUGGACAUAUCUUUGAAUGGUUUGGGGAAUGAGGCAGUGGAAUUGUACCUAAAAAACAAAUCCACUCUUGAUCACAUUAAGAUGAGUGGUAAUGUUUUACAGUGGCUUUCACGGAGCAUGUUUGAAGGUAGUAAAAACUUGAAGGCUAUUUCUGUUGACAACAACUUGAUAUCAGUUAUAGAACAUGGAGCAUUUGAGUCAUUGUGGCACUUGGAAAAACUAAAUUUGGCUCAAAAUAACCUGGCUAAUAUUUGUGAUUUUAAAUUGUAUUAUCUUAAAUAUCUCAAUCUGAGCAGAAAUUCAAUUGAGUUUUUUGUCACACAUGAAAAUGACCUCCCAUACAGACUUGAAAUACUGGAUUUGAGCUUCAACAAACUCCUCUUUUUUCCAAUUGUCCCGAAACUAAACCACUUGAAGUAUCUGUACUUACAGCAAAACAUGAUUGGUGCUAUGAUUUCAGAGGCCAAAAUAGUUACAGAAGGUAAUGCCCUUUACAAUGAGAUUGUAAAUGGCAAUUAUAUAGCAAUGAAUAAAAAUUACCUCCAUUAUAACUGGAGACUAAUGCCACUGAUAUACAUCGAUCUAAGCUACAAUCUUUUUCAGACAUUUCCAUUAGAAACUUUAAGCCUUCUCUCUAGCUUGGAGACACUUAACUUUAGUCAUAACUGCGUGGACAACAUUAGCUGGAAUAUUAGAAAUGACAGUGAAAGUGGAUUCAAAAGACCCAUUUCCUAUUCCUCACUGAAGCAUCUUGAUCUCCAAAGCAACAAACUGGUUCAUAUAUCUCCACUCUUUGUUGAGACACUUUUACAAAUAGAGACUUUGAAUCUGCAAGAUAAUUCAAUUCAACUCUGUUCAACUGAAGACCAUUACCCAUCAUCCUUUGACCAAAAAAACACAUAUCCCCAUAUGCCCUCCUGCAUGUCAUUUGGACCAUUAAAAACACUAAAACAUCUAAACCUGAGAGAAAACAACAUUAAAAUAUUGUACAAUUCCACUUUUGAAAGAAUCAAUCUAGUUUCUCUAAAUCUUGGAAACAAUCCCUAUAUGGUAAUACAAAAAGGGGCACUAGAGGUGAUGCAGAAAACACUUAAAUCUCUGAUACUCAGUGAACUCAACGUCUCUGAAAUAGUUUUGCCCUGUAUGUCUGCUUUAACUCAACUUAACAUAUCAAACAAUAUUUUAGAUAUCUUGCCAAGCAAUAUAACCUGCUCACCUCUUAUGGAAAUUGACAUAAGAAAUAACAUGUUACACUAUUUGAACCAGUCUGUGGUUUAUACUUUAAAUAAGCAUGUCAAAAUAAUACAUAUUAGUGGUAAUCCAUUUAAAUGUUGCGAGAAUACAUGGUUGACUGUGCUGAAUGAGCCAAAAGUGACAGUGCCAGAUAUGAAAAAAGCUCAGUGUGUAACUGGGGGUGUUAAAAUUCAAAUGCAAGAGUAUCUUACAAAUUAUACAAUUUAUUGUGGUGCUGUGAACAAAACCCAACAAAAUUAUAAUUUUGGGCAGUGGCUGAUUGUAACUGUAUUUGUAGUUGUAUUGUUUACAGGUGUUUUUAUAUUUGGUAAAAACAUGUGCUCACUGUCCUCAAUUGUGUGA